UGUACGUAGCAGACCCAUUUCGUCCUCACGUCUGGUCAAUUGAAAGGAAUGCCCUUUAACUGCAGUCGCGAUUGUGUAGGUAUUCGAUACCGCAUCAACUCGCUGCACCAAACCUGGAAGUGGCUGCACCAGACCAUCGCCCUGCACGAGUACCUGAUUUCGAUGAGCUCAGCUGACACGAAUAACGCCAGCCGAAAGUCGCACCAUCCACUACAACAGGGAAGCAUUAUUUGCAGCAGCAGCAUCAUUAACACCGUCGCUUGUUGUUAA